GACCAGCUCAACAAGACCAUGGCCAAGGUCGAGGGCGUCAAGAUGAUCAUGCAGGAGAACAUCGAGAUCGCGCUCCAGAACUGCGUGUCGCUCGAGCACAUCGACAAGCAGGCCGAGGACCUCCAGGCCCAGGCGGGCAUGUUCAAGACGCGGGCCAAGGUGCUGCGGUCCAAGGUCUGGUGGAAACUCUGCAAGAUGCGCCUCCUCAUCGCCUUCAUCAUCGUCGGCGCGCUCAUCGCCGUCAUCGUGCCCCUCGCGCUCAAGUAC